CCUCCGCUAAAAAAGUAUGCGCGAUCAUGACAGGACCCGUGUAAGAAAAUGACAAAAGACCUUGUCUUGCCAAGUCAAUAUUAUUGUAUUGAUUUGAUUUCUGAGUAUUGAGGUCAAUAUCUCAGCUGGGCCAAUCAAAUCAUCAACAGCUUGUCAUCAGUUUUUUAGCUUUGAUGUAUUGUAAUAAUUUAUAAUCUUCAUUGAGGCAAGGCAAUUCAUUCAGGACAAAUGGAGAGUGAACCAGUGAAUGUGAAUGAGUUUCAAGAGUUGGCCAAGCAAGCCCUUCCAAAAAUGUACUAUGAUUACUAUGCUGGAGGAGCUGAGGACCAGCAUACGUUGAAGGAGAAUGUGGAAGCAUUUUGUAGGAUCACGUUUCGACCUAGAAUCCUUGUCGAUGUGAGUCAAAUUGACAUGUCAACUACUGUAUUGGGUUACAGAAUAUCUGCACCCAUUAUGAUUGCUCCAACUGCUUAUCAUAAGUUUGCAAACCCUGAAGGUGAGGUUGCCACAGCCAGAGCUGCAGCUGCAUGUAACAGUAUUAUGAUUUUAUCAUACAUGUCUUCCUGCACAGUGGAGGAGGUUGCUUCCAGCUGCAAUGCCAUUCGGUUCUAUCAAUUAUAUGUGUACAAGAGACGAGAUAUAUCAGCUCAUCUAGUGCAGAGAGCUGAAAGAAAUGGAUAUAAGGCUAUUGUCUUGACUGUGGAUGCUCCUAGACUUGGUAGAAGAGAGGCAGACAUUAAGAACAAGAUGGUGGCACCGAUUUUAAAGAAUUUUGAAGGUCUAAUAUCAACUUGUAAAUUUAAGGAUAAAGGUUCAAAGCUAGAACUUUUUGCCAAAGAGACAUUCGAUGCUUCUUUGUCUUGGAAGGACAUAGACUGGUUAAGGUCAAUUACAAACUUGCCAAUUCUCAUUAAGGGUGUACUUACUCGUGAAGAUGCAAUAAAGGCUGUGGAAGUUGGCGUUUCUGGGAUUGUGGUCUCUAAUCAUGGAGGUCGCCAGCUAAACUACAGUCCAGCUACCAUCACUGUUCUGGAGGAGGUGGUACGUGCUGUAGGAGGGAAAAUUCCAGUUCUAUUUGAUGGAGGAGUACGGCGGGGAACAGAUGUUUUCAAGGCCUUAGCCCUUGGUGCACAAGCUGUUCUUAUUGGAAGGCCAGUUGUCUUUGGACUAGCAGCGAAGGGAGAAUAUGGAGUGAGAAGGAUUGUUGAAAUGUUGAAGGAUGAGCUUGAGCUAACCAUGGCCCUUUGUGGCUGUCCUACUCUGAAAGAUAUUACAAGGAGUCAUGUGAGAACAGAGCGCGAGGGACUCCGAUCCAUGCUUUGAUAUUCUUUUGUAGCCUAUAAAAAUACAUCCUUGAUUUUUUAGAAGAAGAAUUAUGCUUACAAUUCUGAGAUAGAGCCUUCUCUGGAUAACAAUAUAUCAAAAACGUGAAUUUCAUGUAGAGAAUUUAGUCUUACAAGCUAUUCUAAACUGUGAAACCACCUACCAUUUCUGUGUCAACGUCAAAUGAAGCGAGUUCUUUCACUUGGCUGCAUAUUUAUGAAAAGGGCCUUGUGAAUUCAUUAUUUUGAGUAUUAAA